AAUUAAAUAAUUUAUUAUUAUUAACAAAGGAAUAAACGAAUUUUCUUCUCUCACGAGCGAACUUUCCCCCGAAGAAGAAGAAGAAGAAAGAGGUUUUCUCUCAGAGACGCCACCGUCGUUACCGGAGCUAGAGUCGGUGAAUAUCGUUAACGGAGUAUAUACACACACAUACAUACAAAGAGAUUUGGGAGAUGCGAGUGCGCAUCGGUGUUAACUCGCUUGACCUCCUAGGGUUUCGUCUUCUCGCUUAUCGCCGGUGGAUCUUGUCAAAUGGGAGAUAGAAGAACCUUUUUACCUCCUAAGGGUGUUCAACGUUGGUGGGGUUAUUGUACGUGAAGCAGUAUGGUGCUCGAGGAUUUCUUUACCCUGACGGAACUAAAAGAUGGACUCACUGUCACUUCUCGUGUCGAAGAGCUCGUGUCUGUCAUGCGGAGUAAUAAAGACUCUGUUUUGAAGGAUGCUGGCGAUGCUUCUAGACAAUGGGCAGCGGUUGCAAGCACGAUCGCGGUCACGAAGAGCAGAGAGUGUCUUGAUGUUUUUGUAAAUUUAGAUGGGGUUCGGUACUUGAGUAGCUGGCUGGCAGAAGCGCAGACGUUGGGUAAUGAUAAAUCUGUAGAGGAGUCGAUUCUUGCUUUGUUAGAAGCUGUUGGAAACCUAGGUGUAGAUGGCUCGAGGUUAGUUUCUUCUGGGAUAUGGGUUGCUGUCAAGAAACUUGUUGACCAUGGUAGUUCUCGUGUUCAGGAUCAGGCGAGAAAGCUCUUUGAUAGUUGGAAGGAUAAAGUAGUUAACGACCAUUCUGAACGUGACAUUGAAAGCUGUAGCAAAGCUAAUGAAGAUGAGAUGAGAGUUGUAGCAGUAAGCAUGGAGAGCAGUGGGCUAAAAUCAGCUGUUACUCUUUGUUCAACGCAAAGUAGUAAUGAAAAACAGUGUCCUGAAAUAGCAGAUGUAGCCUUGCCGUCAGGAAGCUCAGGAGAAAAAAACUCAGAUCAGGAUAAGGGUUUGGAACUGCAGAAUGACAAGGUUGGGUUUACCUCGAACGUGAACUCUCACUGCUCUAAUAAGAUGACUGAGACUUUGAAUGAAUCUUCCACCGAUGUUGUUAUGAAAGAUGUUCAAGAAAACCUUUCACCGAAGGGAAAAGGCUCCAUGAGAGAGACUACUGUGCCUACUGUCUCUAGUAGCCUUCUUAGCUCGGAACGUGGUAGUGUUGAAGGCGCAUCAAAUGCUCCGCUAGGUGCUGAGAUAUCCAAGGAGAAGCAUAUGGGAACCUAUGGAGAUUUUCCUGAAAAAAUGGGUGGAGCUGUAGCAGUGUCAUCUAGUUCAGCAGGACAUGUAGCUGUGUCUUCUGAUUCUGUUAUUGCCAGUAUGGAGUUGGAGAAAAAUAGUCUUUUGCAGAGUAGUCUUGAUUCAAAUGAGGUGAGCAGGAAUGCAUCUGAGACAAUAUGUGGGUCUCACGAUGUGAGUCUUGCCCAUAAUAGCAAACAUGUUCCUUCCUUGGCUCAUGUAAUAGACAAUCAGGAUUCUGACAAUUCAUCAAGACUGUCAGGUCAUGGAAGAACUAGUAAAGUUGAGAGUGACAGUAUGACUGCUCAUGCUGAGAAUGAAGACAAAAAAGAAGAUAAGGGACAUUUAGACAUAAAGAAGAAAGUAAAACGGAAAAAAAACCGCAGGUCUUCUAGAUCAAUGACCAUAUCCCAGCGCCUAGGAGCAAUUGACAAAACAACCGCUGAUAUAGACCUGGGCAUUUUAGAUGCCUUGGAGGUAGCUACCAAAGUCGCACAGGAAGUGGCAAGAGAAGUGGACUCUGGGGAAGCUUCUCACAGUUCUUCAGAAGAACUUUCUGAUGAAAGCGGGCAGUCUGUUUCGCAAGACUCCCACGAUGAUGAGCUACAGACGGGUUUUCCAUCUAAGGGACUGUCAAUGGGUGAAAGCCAUUCCGUUGAGGAACCGCAUGUUGGAGAUGACGAUGUAAUGGAUGAGAAGGAUAACAAACUUGAGAAUGAGAUGAUGGACAGUGAUGAUGUUGAAGAGAAGCACCUGUCAGCAGCUGCUAAAUCCAAAGUAGGCAGAGAGAAAAGCCCAUGUGGCUUUGAUCUCAAUGAUGAUAUUUGUCCGGAUGAAACAGAUGACGUUAUGUCUAUUUCACAUUCUGGUACGCCUGCAGCCGCACCGUUGCAGUUAGAAAGAUCUCUUAGCGCGAAAGGAUCGGGUGCUAGUAGUGUAUCUCACUCAGAACUACCUCGUAAAGUUCCUAGCGGGGAUUCAAGGGAAAAGCAGGUGAUAUGUAUCGAUCUAAAUGUAGCUGAUGUAGGAGAUGAUGAAGUUGAAGAUCAAACUCCCUGGAAACAGUUUCCUUUCACCUCAUCAAACUCUCGGGGUGGAGAGUCCUCCUCACAUGAAGCUAAUCUCCGAGGAUCAAGCAGGUUCAACCUGGAUUUGAAUUGUACGAACGAGGACGAUGACAUGCCUCCGCCUUCUCAGUUGAAGAUGGAAACGAGAUUAUUUCUAAGUCACAAGGGUCAGGCAAGCGCGUCACCUGUCUCUUCAUUGUCAGUUGCUCAGCAAUCAAGCAAGGAAGUAAACUUCGACUUGAAUGACAGGCCACAGUUUUUCAUGGAGUCACGUGAUCAGGGUCCCUACUAUGGGCAGCAACCAUGGAGCACAGCCCCCUAUGGAGGUCAAAAAUUGGAUGGACCAGCUCUCUCUUUAUUGGGUACAAAAGUGGACGUUGACCGAAAAGAGACUGUAUCCCAGAUGGCUUCGUUCUUGUCCAAUGGUAAGUCACUCGAGACAGCAGCAGGAUUGUUCAUGGGAAGAACGGGAAACUCGUUGGGUAUAGCCCCUGGUGUAUCCUUUUCUCCAGCUCCUAUAUAUGGAUACAACGGAUUUACUGGUCCUCCUGGUAUGUCAAUGUCACCAUCGCCCAUGUAUGUUCCUGGAACAGCUAUUCCGUACAUGGUGGACGCAAGGGGUACGCCAGUGAUGAUGCCUCAGAUGAUGGGAUCGGCCCCAUAUGGGCAGCCACCAUUCCCACCUCAGCAACACAUGUUCAUGAACGUGGCGGGUGGAUCUCCUAGUCUGAAUGGGUCAUUGCAGCCACGCUUUGAUCAGAGUUCUGGGUUUGGUGGGGUUGAGAUGGGCAACAGAGAGUCGUUGAGUUUGAGGCAGUUUCUAUCACCGGGGGAUAUGGGAGAGCAUUCGAGAGCAAGCGUAGAGCCUUCAUCGAGUUUGUCUAUUGGCAUUGGUGGGAAGCGGAAAGAGCCGGAUACACCACGUUGGGAGUUCCCUCCUCCAUGGAGGUGAGUGGAGAUUGGGUUCUUCAAUAGGUUGAUGGAUUGGUUGAUUGGCCAGAGAAUGACAGAUGUGUUGGGAGGUAACUUAUAAUUUGUCUUGAUGAACUUUCUCUUUUUCUUUUUUUUCUCCAUCAGUUUUCCCCGUUCAUUCAGGUUUUUAUUUGAUAACAUAUAUAGGUGGAUUAGUUCAAACAUUGGUAUAUGUCAAACUUUUUGUUAAACUUGUUGGGUAUUUUCUCCAUAAAAUAAAAUUUAUAUAGUUUUUAAGAAAAAGUGUUUACCUUCUGUUACUUUUAGUCAUGGUACUUGCAGUUCUCUCAGCUCUGAAUAACUGUGUCAUACAACUCAUCAAACCAACCAAGCAAUGUCCUAGAAACAGAGUUUGAGCUGGUGGUAAAGAACCAAGUUCAUGUCUUCUCGUCUCUCACGCAUUUCAUGUCACUGAUUAGAACAAUAGUUAGACACACUCAGCCGUUGCAUAAUUAGAACGAUAACAUCAAAGCAGCCAAACAUUAACAGAGAGGGGAAGUAGAAGAAGAAUCAUCCAGAGACUGUUUCAUUGUUUGGUUUCGAAUGUUCGAUGUCAAUAAAAAUGCUACCAUCCAAUAGUCCAUUUCCACGUGUCUUAUAAAAAAAAGAUAGCCGUCCGAUCAUCCAACAAGGACGUGAGGUGUAUCACCGUCGACUUGGAUUAUUCAAGUCGUCCAUCCACUAAUCCACGCUACAACAAUGUCGAUCCACGUCAAGAACGAACCUUGCUCCAAUACAAAACUCCCACGUGUUUUUUCCAGUAACAUUGAACCGUUAGAUCUGCCACGUUGGCAAACUAAGACGAAACACUCAGGAACCGAAGUGUACGAAACUACACAGUUCACUAAAUCAUGUCUUAUUUAAUUUGAAGGAUCUUUCUUGGAGCUGAGUGAAUAAACCUCAUAAGCUAGCAAUCUAGUGAGAGAGAGGCCUACGGGAUCUAAUAACAAUGAGGAAGAGGACGCUAGUGUCCGUGUUGUUCCUUUUCUCACUUCUCUUCCUUCUUCCAGAUCAAGG